GCUCUCUUUACCUUUACCCGAAGAAGACCUGGAGACCGGUCAGCAACAAAAGGCGCUGGAAAUGGUCCGCCAAGCCCGGCAAGCUCAGGAACUGGCCCGCAACAACGGACUCGGAGCGCAGAUAGAGCAACAGAGGCAGGCUAAUAAGAAGCGGCGACCGGUCGACUUUACGGUGGGAGAUGCGGUUUACGUUAGCAAAAAGGGUUUUUCCACCGAAGCUCCUACGACCAAGUUGGACUCGCAAAAUGCAGGACCAUGGACGAUUCUCGAGGAAAAGGGCCACAGCUUCAUUCUCGACACCCCUGCCUGGUAUAAAGGUAGUAAGCUGUUCCACGCCAGCCGACUGCGCAAGGCAGCAACGGAUCCAUUACCUCAACAGUAUCAAAAGCCGGAACCACCGGUCGAAAUUAACGGAGAACCGGAGUGGGAGGUGGAGCAAGUGUUGGCCUCACGUCUAUUCGGACGAAAGAAGACGUUGCAAUAUCAGGUAUCGUGGGUCGGACUCGACCCUGAUGAGACAUGGUAUGAGGCCCGCGACUUGAAAAAUUCACCAGUACUGCUGGAUACCUUUCACAGGGAGUACCCGGACGCAGCAGGACCUCCGGUAAAUUUGCAACAGUGGAUCAGGAGCGCAGCAAAGGAUGUUUUUGCGGAGGACGGACCCGAGGACAAUGUUGCCGAGCACGAUGCGAAAAAGACACGAGAGCGGAGGAAGGCCCCGAGGAGACACACGUGACAAACUCAAGACUCUGACCGCCUACGUCGAUCAGGCCUUAAAGGGGGGUAAUGUGAGGAUCAGGCCCCCAGACCUACCCUCAGAAUCACGACUCGGCUCUACCAGCCACGCUGAGCCAGGGAUCGGACAAGGGUCCACUUACUCCGGAUU